UAUAAGUUUCACCGUGGCACUAAGCAUUUCAAACUCAUCACUGGAGCAAGGUUCUACACAUCGGAGUAUCAUCACCACAGAUCAGCAACCAAUCCCCUGGAAUAAAAUAAUACGGUCUCGGUUUUACGUGGUUGAGAGUCUCUGAAAUAUUUGUAUUCGGUUCAGCUGCGCACUCAUCAACUGCUGAGGGAGAAUGGUGGAGGUGAGGAAGAUCUGUUGUAUUGGGGCUGGCUACGUGGGCGGUCCCACCUGCAGCGUGAUCGCCCAGAUGUGCCCCGAGGUGACGGUUACCGUGGUGGACGUGAACGAGGACCGCAUCCGUGCCUGGAAUUCUGAUAGCCUUCCCAUCUUUGAGCCUGGACUCCAGGAAGUGGUGGACUCAUGCCGCGGGGUCAACCUUUUCUUCUCCACAGACAUGGAUGAGGCCAUAAAAAAUGCAGACCUGGUUUUCAUAUCUGUCAAUACGCCUACCAAGACAUUUGGGAUUGGUAAGGGUCGAGCAGCGGACCUGAAGCACAUAGAAGCAUGUGCCCGGCGCAUUGCUGAUGUGUCCAUCGGGUGUAAGAUUGUUGUAGAGAAAAGCACAGUUCCUGUACGUGCUGCUGAGAGCAUCCGCCGCAUCUUCAACGCCAACACCAAGAGUAGCUUCAACUUUCAGGUCCUCUCAAACCCAGAGUUUCUUGCUGAGGGAACAGCCAUCACUGAUCUGAAGAAUCCAGACAGGGUAUUGAUUGGAGGGGAUGAGACCCCUGAGGGCCAACAUGCUAUUGAGGCCCUGCGGAGCAUCUAUGAGCACUGGGUCCCCAAGAGCAAGAUUAUCACCACCAACACCUGGUCCUCUGAGCUCUCCAAGCUGGCAGCCAAUGCCUUUCUGGCCCAACGUAUCAGUAGCAUCAACUCCAUCAGUGCCCUGUGCGAGGUAACUGGUGCUGAUGUAGAGGAGGUGGCUCAUGCCAUCGGGACAGACCAGAGAAUAGGCAGUUGCUUCCUGAAGGCCAGCGUGGGAUUUGGUGGCAGUUGUUUCCAGAAGGAUGUCCUCAAUCUUGUGUACCUAUGCGAGGUGCUAAACCUACCAGAGGUUGCAAGAUACUGGCAACAGGUUAUAGAGAUAAACGAUUACCAGCGAAAACGAUUCUCUUCACGGAUAAUCAGCUGCCUCUUCAACACAGUGACGGACAAGAAGAUAGCCUUGCUAGGAUUCGCUUUCAAGAAAAACACAGGCGAUACAAGGGAAUCCUCUAGUAUCUACAUCAGUCGCUACCUGCUGGAGGAGGGAGCCUGUCUACACAUCUAUGACCCCAAGGUUAAAGCGCAGCAGAUCAUGCACGACCUGACUCAGCCCACACCCUCAGAAAGACAUGACCCCGCCACAGUUUCUCGUCUAGUCACCAUCGUCACUGACCCAUACAAGGCUUGUGAGAACGCCCAUGCAAUUGUCAUCUGCACAGAGUGGGAUAUGUUCACGGAGCUGGACUAUGAGAAGAUCUAUAAAGCCAUGCUGAAACCUGCCUUCAUCUUUGACGGUAGAAGGAUCUUGGACAGCUUGCACGACCAACUCCAGCAUAUCGGCUUCCAGGUGGAGACUAUUGGGAAAAGAGUUAACCAGAGGAUCCACUUCACUGCCAUUGAGGACAAGUCAGAAAUAGACCAACAGCAACCAUUGAAGAAGAUCAAACUAUGAAGCGGGCUUAUGGGACAGGAGCGACAGAGCCAGCUCAGUGCAGUAAUAUAUUAAACCAAGUUAUCAUUUUUUUAUGUAAUAUUAAAUCAGUGGGAUGGCUAGGCGGUAUACCGUAUUUGACUAUAUACACCCCAGUAUUGAUGCACGGACCGGUUUGGGUUUUUGCUUUACCUUCUAACGGUGUUUCAAUGUUUUGGUUUGUUAAAUGUGUGAUACGCGACUCACGCGUGUAAUGUUCGUUUUUAUAGUUUACUCCCUUUGCUACUUGGGCCAUCGCUCUCCCUCUCCUCCUGCAUGCCGCCCGAGAGGAAGAGGUGAAGCGAGAGGUUUUACUUGCUAAUUUGCUACGUGAGGAUUAUUUGAUCAAUGGAACUUUCGUAUUGGUUAGGUUGUUAAAAAUGCACUGAUAUAAGUGGACGCACGUUGCAUUUUGGAAACGUUUAGCAUGGACAUUGCCUUUGAGGGGUUCCACCAUUUUAAAGUAGUCAGGGAUUCCUAUGAGUUGGGAGCAAUCGGCCAAUGAAGAAGAUCAUUGACUACUUUAAAAUAGAGAUAGCCUCAAUGGCGUUGCCCUCGCUGUCACAGCUGCUAUAAUGCACAGAUAAAAUGAUGAGUCCUAUACAUCUCUAUGGCCUGUUGUUCACACGCAUAUUUGCCCUCUCGUUUGCAAGAAAGGUCCCACCUGAUCUCGCCUCCUCCCGCCUGCCUUCCAUCUUUGCGGACGUGUAUUUCCAUUGUUAGAGUGGUCACUUGACUAUCUUGUCAAUAUAAUGCCACGUGCAUCCACUUAUAUCAGUAAAUUUGUAACAACCUAAACAUUACAAAACUUCUAUUAGAUCAAAUGAGCCUACCAUAAUUAGACACUCAUAGACUUCCAUACAAAAAAGAGCUUAUCUCAUGUGGACAAAUUUUGGGUAGAGUAAAUCCUCUCGCUUCACCUCUUCUUCUCUGCUUUCACUCUGUCUGCAUGGUCAGAUGCAACGAGGUGUUGGGGACAAUGAUGCUGAUUUAUUCUUUGCUUCUUAAUAUACAGUGCAUUCGGAAAGUAUUCAGACCCCUUGACUUUUUCCACAUUUUGUUACAGCCUUAUUCUAAAAUUGAUUCAAUUGUUUUUCUUAUUCAUCAAUCUACACACGAUACCCCAUAAUGAGAAAGCAAAAACAGGGUUUUAGAAAUAUCAUAUUUACAUAAGUAUUCAGAUCCUUUACUCAGUACUUUGUUGAAGCACCCGUGGCAACUAUUACAGCCUGGAGUCUACUUUGGUUAGGAUGCUACAGGCUUGGCACACCUGUAUUGUGGGAGUUUCUCCCUUUCCUCUCAAGUUCUGUCAGGUUGGAUGGUGAGCGUUGCUGCACAACUAUUUUCAGGUCUCUCCAGAGAUGUUCGGUCAGGUUCAAGUCUGGGAUCUGGCUGGGCCACUCAAGGACAUUCAGAGACGUAUCCCGAAGCCACUCCUGCGUUGUCUUGGUUGUGUGCUUAGGGUCGUUGUCCUGUUGGAAGGUGAACCUUCUCCCCAGUCUGAGGUCCUGAGCACUUUGGAGCACGUUUAUAUCAAGGAUCUCUCUGUACUUUGCUCCGUUCAUCUUUGCCUCGAUCCUGACUAGUCUCCGAGUCCUUGCCACUGAAAACAUCCCCACAGCUUAAUGCUGCUAACACCAUGCUUCACCAUAGGGAUGGUGCCAGGUUUCCUCCAGAUGUGACACUUGGCAUUCAGGCCAAAGACUUCAAUCUUGGUUUCAUCAGACCAGAGAAUCUUGUUUCUCAUGGUUUGAGGGUCUUUAGGUGCCUUUUGGCAAACUCCAAGCGGGCUGUAGAAACAUUUCCAGGAUGAUCAAUGGAAACAGGAUGCACCUGAGCUCAAUAUCGAGGUUCAUAGCAAAGGGUCUGAAUACUUAUGUAAAUAAGGUCUCUUUUUUUUGCAAACAUUUCUAAAAACCUGUUUUCGCUUUGUCAUUAUGGGUUAUUGUGUGUAGAUUGCUGAGAAUUGAACAUAUUUAAUAAAUUUUAGAAUAAGGCUGUAUAACCUUACAAAAUGUGGAAAAGUUCAAGGGGUCUGAAUACUUUACGAAGGCACUGUAAAUCUACAAGUGUUCUAUUAUUACCCUAUUAGUUUGUGUAUCCUACUGUCUGUCACACUGGUAUAAAGGAUUUUGAAGACAGGCGCAGGCGAUACACAAUAGGGGUUUUUAAUACACCCAAAACAAACACGUAUACAAAAACACUGGGCUGUACCCAAACAAAAGAGCGAGAGUAAACCUCACUGAAUGACACGGGACGAUACCCGUAAUAUACAAUAUAUAUAUAUAUAUAAGCACGCAGCAUAACACGCAUAGGUACUCGCACCACCAACGGACAUGGGAACAAUAACCCACAAAGACAGAGGGAAGAGAGGGCACAUAUAUAGCAUACUAAUCAGGGGAAAUGGGAACCAGGUGAAUAUAAUCAGACAAGGCAGUCCGGGGUUGAUGAUAAUGAAUCCCGUUCAGUGAAGCCUAGAAAGCCGGUGACGUAGACCUCCGGAACUGGUGAACAGAAUGAGCAUCAAUACCAACUUGCUCGCGGUCAGCAGAUUAGAUCAAAAUGUUGUCUAUAUAGACCACUACGCCCCGUCCUAGCAUGUCCCGAAACACUUCGUUGAUAAGGACUGGAAGACUGAAGGAGCAUUAGACAGGCCAAAGGGCAUUACGAGAUACUCGUAAUGACCCGUGGUCGUGGAAAAGGUAGUCUUCCAUUCAUGCAUACCAGAUUGUAGGCACUCCUAAAGUCCAGCUUCGUGAAGUAGUCAAUUUGUAAGUCGCUCUGGAUAAGAGCGUCUGCUAAAUGACUUAAAUGUAAAUGUAAGUACUGCGCCCCAUGCAUUUGUUCGAUGAUGGUUGGGAUAAGGGGUAAAGGAUAGCUGAACUUGACGGUGGCCUUGUUCAGUAGUCUGAAUUCCGCGCAGGUCUUCUUCGGAAUGAAUCUGUUCAGUGAAGCCUAGAAAGCCGGUGACGUAGACCGCCGGAACUGGUGAACAGAAUGAGCAUCAGUACCGGGGGAUCCGUGACACUGUCUGCAAACAGCUAGUGGGUCUUGUCUUAGCAAGUUGUUGCAAAAAUAAAUUGUGUUAGCUGGCUAGCUAAAUGGACAAAGAAUCAGAGCAAACUUAGCUAGCUAAUACAGACUGAUACCAGUGCUGGUGUAGGCCUAGAUUAGCAUGUUGUUUGUGCAACAGUAUCUUCUAAAGCAGAGGAAUAUGCAAAGCAUUCAUAUUGUAGCUUGCGCUAGCUAACGUAAACUCGUACAUCGCUUUUGUUCGUACAAUUGCCCCAAAACGUAAUACUUCCAGAUCAACUGUAAUGUCAAUACCAUUGUAAAGCACAAUUUCUCCCAUUUCCAACAGAAUAAAUGACAUGACCUAAACGCUGCCCGUUUCUGCAUAAUUCAAGCAGGCAAUGAGCCCCAUCGGGUCUUUUUAAAAAAGGACGGAAACUAAUGCGUGAGACUGAGAAGGAGAGAUAUUGUGUGGGAAAAUUGCUUUUUUUCACUCGAUCUGUCCAACUUAUCACCUUAUCGCCUCUAAAAUGUAAAUAAAACACUAUAAAGAGUUUAAAUAAUGUGUCAUUACAUACCUAUUUGAAGGUUUGUGUCGAAUUUGAAUCGGGUUUUUAGGGCGGUGCUAAAGUGAUCUUCGAAGUAAAGAGCGGCUUUGAGAAUGGUGAUCGCAUGCAAUGAAGACGCAAAAAAUGACUAGGUAUCCCCCCUUACCCCCGUCACUGUCCAUUUCUUGUUUUUAAAGGAUGAGAGAAGUGCUACACCUGGUGGAGAGAGAUUGUAAGACAUAAAUAAUUGCUUUAUGCGUGCUGUUACGACAUGACACGUCUAGAUGUAACGGAGGGUCUGUUUUUUCAACUUUUCUCCAAUACUAUAGAGCCAUUACCAUGUCGAUCAACGCUUGAAUAGAAACCUAGUUCACACCCCGGAUUUUGAAGUCAACACAGCGAUACAGCGUAGCGAUACAGUCCCAUUAGUUUUCUUUGUAGCCUCGUUUGAAUGUUGUGGUUGCGCACAUUUGUACGGAAUGGGGUGAGUUUACGUUAGCUACAUGGAGUAAGAGAAAACAUGUAAUGUAGCAUCUAAUUAGGGUCCCUUGGGAAACGCUCACAAAAAUUCCUCCAUGGCUUUUUCAUUCGUUGUCAUGUCAAACGACAAUGUAUUAAAAAUGCUGCCCACUAUAUUCCUAAAAUAUCAUUAGAAUCAUUAAUUUUUGAUAAUUCGAACAGUUCACCAGUUUAUUAGGCCUAGAUUUUUCCCCCCAUAUCAUGCGGGGGCAAUGGAGAAAGCCCAAAUGAAAUCACAUAUAAUUUAUGUCAUGUCACCCUAGGGUCAUAAACUACUCAUAAAGCAUAUUUAGAAAAUGUUUAUAUAUAAAAAAUAAUAAAUACCGUCAAAUACUGUAAAAAAUAUAUAUAUAUUGUUAUAUUACUUUUUGGCCAUAUCGCCCAGCCCUAAUUAGUCAUUUCAGCAUCCUCAUCAACUUGAUAUGGUGACUUGAAACAAAUAAUUAUGUCAGCUACAAUGAAAGAAGUUUUGGGCAAUGCUUCGAAGUUAGGGUUGAGGACCUUGUUUGUCAGCAACAUGUGGUAACAAUACCCCUCCAACCUCGUUUAUUUGUUUGUGCAUGUUGGAUAAUUACCAGGAUUUGGAUGUUUAACUUACACAAGGGGGAAAACAACUUAAUUAAAUUUCAGAUGUUUCUAUAUUUUCCCUUUUUAAGAAUAUUUGCCCCAAAAUAGUCAUGUAUGAAAGCAUUUUUGGAUGACUGAUUCCAGUGCUCUUUUAGUUUUGAUUCACUUCUAAGCAAUUUUUAUGAAAUAAAAUAAAAUGUUAUUGGUCACAUAUAUUUGUUUAGCAGAUGUUAUUGCGGGUGUUGCGAAAUGCUUGUGUUUCUAGCUCCAACAGUGCAGUAAUACCUAGCAAUACAAAACAAUACACACAAAAGUAAAAUAAUGGAAUUAAGGAAUAUAUAAAUAUUAGGAUGAGCAAUGUCAGACUGGCAUAGACAAAUACAGUAGAAUAGAAUACAGUAUAUACAUAUGAGAUUAGUAAAGCAAAAAUAUGUAAACAUUAUUAAAGUGACUAGUGCUGGUUGAAUGUGAAUUUGAGCGGCGUUAGUGUAAACAUGUACCCGAUAUGCAAUAUUAUAAUUAUAUGUUGUUUUAUAAUGUAAGAACUCUGUAAAGUAAAACAUUACAUUUUUUACCUGCAAAAUAAAACCAUGUUUAGUA